CUUUUUCCUUUUUUUCCUCCCUUCGUUUUAUUGCGAGAACAACGCUUUAGAGACUCAAGAAUAAAUUCCCAUUUUUGAGCUGCAAUCUUUCACUAACUUUUCAAAGGUGAUCUUUAGUAGCCAUGGCCCGUACCAAGCAGACUGCCCGUAAGUCCACUGGAGGCAAAGCCCCACGUAAGCAGCUGGCCACAAAGGCUGCUCGCAAGAGCGCCCCUUCCACUGGCGGUGUGAAGAAGCCCCAUCGCUACAGGCCUGGUACCGUGGCUCUGCGUGAGAUCCGUCGUUAUCAGAAAUCCACUGAGCUGCUGAUCCGCAAGCUGCCCUUCCAGCGUCUGGUGAGAGAAAUCGCCCAGGACUUCAAGACCGAUCUGCGUUUCCAAAGUGCAGCUAUCGGAGCUCUGCAGGAGGCCAGUGAGGCCUACCUGGUGGGUCUGUUUGAGGACACCAACCUGUGCGCCAUUCACGCCAAACGUGUCACCAUCAUGCCCAAAGACAUCCAGCUGGCACGUCGUAUCCGCGGGGAGCGUGCUUAAAAUGUUUUCUGAUUUAUUAUAUGCUGUCCUCUUGUCCCCUCACCACUCUUUCCAUCCCUUUCUUUACUCUAUACUUAGUUAGUAGUUUGGUUUGAGGUUCUAUAUAUAUCAUAUGAUUGUGAUAACCGUAAAAUGUGUGAUCAUGUCUACUUCGGUGCUACUAGUAGCAGAGUUUCCUUAGAAAUAUCGUCAUGUAUGUUUGAAACUUUAAAUCACACUCCUCACUUCUAACUAGAUAGCUCACAGGAAUGCCUUGUUACCUCCAUGAAUAAGGUGUUUUUGCAAGCCAAGAAUAGUGUAUGAUCUGAAAUAAGCAUAGGAAAUUGCAUUGAGACAUUUUUCAUCUUCAGACGGACACAUACAUUGAUAUAAUGGGUCUUUUGAUUUUUUUUUUCAAGAGAAAUUUGUUUUAAAAGUAGUGAUUUUACUUUUUCUUUUCUUUUUUCUUUUUACAAUAAUGGUGUAUUUCUACUGUUACUUUUUAAUGUAUCAAAAUACAAAAGUUUGAUUCUGGUUGUCAAUUAGAAACGUCAUUGUGCUAUGAUGACACUGCAUGGUUUGACAGACUACAAGCGGCAUAUAUGUAGCAGACCUAUGUUGAUCAUGUUUGAUUUUCAGCCAUGUUAUUAUGUCCAGGUAAUGUUAUGAUUUUUGGUUCCUCUCUCAGGUUGAUAUGGUAACCUAAUUUUUUUCUACUGUGUUUUGAUUUAUGUUUUCAGUCAUUUUUAAAAGCAAAAUAUUUGUACUCCGGAAUUCACAUACAAACAUAAUAAACAGAUUCUUGUGGUUAAAUGAGCUGUAUGAGAGAUUACCUACAUUGAAAUACUAUUAAUAUUAGAGUGGAAACAAUUAGUCACUGGCAAAAGUUUGAUAAUUUAUUGUCAUUUCUGAGUAAAACAGUGUAAAACAUUGCUUAAUCCAAAUCUACUUUUCACAGUUUUUUGAUUGUACAAAAUAAAAAUUUUAAGUUAUGCUUCAACUUAAGGAAAUUGUGAUACACAUUUUCACAAAUCUGACACUUUAUAGACUAAACAAGUAAUUAAGGAAGUAGUUGGCAGAUGAAUUGAUUAAAAAAGAAGGUUGCAGUCCUAA